AUUGUAACGUUUCUUCAUAUAUUUUUAUAUCGUUUAAUUACAUUUAUGAAGAGAAUACAUUUAUUUCAUAAAAUUAUUCAUUCGUUCUUCUUUACGCAAAGAAGGUAUCGUCGAAUUAAUCGAUCAUAAUGGAGGACAACGAUACAAUCGAACGAUCGAAUACAACAUCGCGAUUUAAGCGAUGUAUUUACCAGUGAUGAGCAAAACAAAUAUUAUGUCAAAAUUUUCAAAAAUAUAUUUUUAAUUUAUUCAUAUAUACAUCAGAGUUGCAUUACGAUUAAUUAGUUUGUAUAUAUAAAAAGUCAACAUUGUACGUUAUCUUUUUUUUUUUUAAACGUCACAAUGUUUAUUUUCGACAAAACAUUUGCAAAUAAGUUCAAGGAUCAGUAUUAUUGCUCAUCGCUGUAUAUAAUAUGUAUAUACAGGUUGCAUUACAAAUAUGAUAAAUAAAAUCUAACCUCUAUUAUAAAAUCAAAUUAAGUUCACUUUUAGGACAAAAAUUGAAUUUCAAAUGACAAUACAAUAUUUGAGGAUCAAGUUAACAAUUAUUCAACAUGGAGUCCUAUUAUGCACGUGGUGACCAUACCCUUAAAGUUCCUAUGUCUCUUUUUCGAGAAAAUCGUGAAAGACUUAUAGCUCGUUUGAAAAGAAAUUCCGAUGUUUCAGCUGCUAAAACUUUUGUUAUUCUUCAAGGUGGGAUCGAAGUCCCUUUUAACGAUACGGAUACCAACUGGCCUUUUAGGCAGGAAUCUUUCUUCCAAUGGUCUUUUGGUGUCGAAGAACCAGGAUGUUAUGGAGCUCUUGAUUUAUCAUUAGAAAAAUCAAUUUUAUUUGUACCAAGAUUACCUGCAGAAUAUGCUAUAUGGGAAGGAAAAUUGCAUACAUUGGAAGAUUUUAAAAAACGUUAUGGCGUCGAUGAGACUUAUUAUACGGAUGAAAUAAAAAAGACAUUGAAAGACAAAGGUGCAUCUCUUUUGUUAACUUUGCAUGGUAAAAAUAGCGACAGCGGAUUGUACUCUCAAGAAGCUAUUUUCGAUGGAAUAGGAGAAUUUGAGGUUAAUAAUACUACGUUAUAUCCGGAAAUAUGCGAAUGUCGAGUAAUCAAAACUGCCAAGGAAAUCGACGUAUUGAGAUACGUGGUGAAGAUAAGUUCAGAAGCUCACAAAACUGUAAUGCGUAUGGUGAGACCAGGUUUAGGAGAGUUUCAAGCUGAAGCAGCCUUUUUGAAUUACAUUUAUUCCAUUGGAGGUUGUAGACACGUUUCUUAUACUUGCAUUUGUGGUUCUGGACAUAACGCAUCCAUCUUGCAUUAUGGACACGCUGGUGCACCUAACAGUAAAAUUCUGGAGGAUGGGGAUAUGUGUUUAUUCGAUAUGGGUGGAAAUUAUUGUGGAUACGCUGCAGACAUAACGUGCAGUUUUCCAGCCAAUGGAAAAUUCACCGAUGAUCAAAAGUUCAUUUACAAUGCCGUAUUGAAAGCAAGAGAUGCAGUUAUGAAUGCUGUAAAACCUGGUGUAUCUUGGACAGAUAUGCAUCUGUUAGCUAACGAAACAAUGUUAACGUCAUUGAAAGAAGGUGGAUUGUUGAUUGGUGAUGUUAAAGAUAUGAUGAAAUCUGGAUUGAACGAAAUCUUUCAACCUCAUGGUCUUGGACAUCUUAUGGGUUUGGAUGUACACGACGUUGGUGGUUAUCUUCCAGGACAUCCAGAACGUUCAACAUCAGCAGGCAUAAGAAAAUUAAGAACUGCACGUACUUUACUUGCUGGCAUGGUAUUAACGAUAGAACCUGGUUGUUAUUUCAUCGAUUGUUUGCUCGACGAUGCAUUAACCAAUCCAAAUCAAUCACGGUUUAUCGUAAGAGAACAAUUGACAAGAUUUCGUGGUUGGGGUGGUAUUAGAAUUGAGGAUGAUGUUUUAAUUACUGAGACUGGUGUUGAAAAUUUAACACAAGUUCCUAGAACAGUCGAGGAGAUUGAACAUUGGAUGGCGGAAGGAAGAAACGAAUUGAAGUUACCGCAAGAUAAAUAAAUUCUAAAAGACUUUUUUUAAUUUACUACUUUGAUACAAUCAAUAUAUAUAUGAUAUAUAUAUAUAUGUAUAUAUACAUAAAUAUAUUUUAUAUAUAAUUCAUGGAGGUUUGAAACAACACUUCCAAAUAAACUUAAGACAUACGUGAAGAAAAUUAAGAACUCUGAGAUAAUUCAAAUGAAAGAUUCAAUAAGUCUCUAAUUAAAUUCAACGUCUCAGAUUUAUUCACGAAU